AUGUCAUUUAAAACAGUAUUCAUAUAUUUUUCAGAACAAGAAAAGACAUAUCCAGAGAAUAAGGAGUCCCUUACGGUACACCCGCCCCUAUCAGCCAAGGUUUGAAGGGAAAAACCUGCAUUCACGUUUCAGGUUUUUCAGGACUAUGGAGGAACGGCGUUUUAUACGGCGCCCAAAUUUUGCACUGAGGUACCAGAGGCAUCAUACAUAUCAGUGGUCCAGUCUACAGCUAAGACGUAAGCCCAGAGCCUCUCCUCCUUCCAGACAGCAGUUCCACAAAGGCCUGAACAAGAAUAGCUCCACGGCACAUAUUGAACCCGGCAGAACAGACAUUUCUCGGCCAUCCUCUGGAAACAGACCAUCACUGCCAUCCACAGUGUCACAGAAACCCAGCAACAGAGAUGCUCUCUCAUCUGUGACAUGUGCUGUGGCACGAAACAGAGCUAUACAGAAGAAACAAGAGCAGAUAGAGGAGGUGUAUCGGCAGGACUGUGAUACAUUUGGCAUGGUUGUGAAGAUGUUGGUGGCCAAGGAUCCAUCCUUGGAGAAGCCAAUUCAGCUGUCUCUGCGUGAAAACCUGAGGGACAUUGGCAUGCGUUGCAUCAAGGCCAUGGAGCAGUUCAUCCAUGAGUAUGAUUCCAGAGAGCUAGACACUCCAUCCACCUCCCAACUGCAUUCCAUCAAGUGACGACUCCAAACACAUGGCAAAAUCCAGCUACUUAUUCGCUUCUCAUGCACGCUAUCCAUUCAACUUUAAAAUGUGCCCCUCUUUAUCACACCUUUAGCUAUAUCAGUGUUUCUUCAAACAAUUUUCAUAUACAUAGUCAAUGAAAUUACUUUUAUUACACCUUUGUAUUCCUUUUUUUUGGUAAACAGAGGAUGUUCCACGUAUCUGUAAUCCCACAAAACCACUGAGAAAAGUCAAAAAAAUACAAGAAUAUGAAUAGUAUGAAUAUAAUAGGCAUUUUACAUUAUCUUCCUUAUAAUGCUUGCAAAACAUUAUUACAACAUCUCUUCCUUGUUGAGCAACAAGCUUAAAAUAUUGGUGGUCAUCAGAGUAAAACAUACAGAAUUUGUUGUAUAUAAACUUAAAACACACAUCAUGUGACAUCAUGUGAAUUGUUAGUUGCACUUGUGAUAAAAUAUAGUGUUACCAUAGUACAUACAGUAAUAUCUGUCUACAUGUUUUACAAAUAAAAUUGUCUUCCACUGACUUGCAGAAUUGUAAUACAUUACAUGUAAGAUUACAAUUAGGAAGACAUAGAAGAUUGUGUGUAAAUGAACAGGAGAGGGUUAUCCAAAACUGGAGCAAUGUUAAAAGAAACACAACCUUAGAGAAAAGUUCAGCUGUAAAACGUUUCACCCUAUUUCUGACAAUUUGUCCAGAAAAGAAAAUAUAAAAUAUGCUUUUUAAUGGAUCACUUCGAUUGUAAUAAUCUGAAACUUCAUUAAAGGCAUUGUUUGUUUGUUAAUAGUUAUUUAAUUCACAUACACGACAUGA